ACGUCACUGCCGUCGAAAGCCCAGGCAGUGCGGGAAAACCGGCCCAGUUUCGCUGCCGAUGACUCUUCCAAUCUCGCGAGUUUCUUCGGCAAAUUGAAAACGACGCUUCGACAAUGUGACCACGCGUUUGGCGCGAAAAAUUUGUUAUUAUUAUUUUUUUUUAAAUUUUCCUUUGCUCUUUAUUAAACCUUCAUUUUUAUUCGUAUCAUAAUACCCUGCCUGCUUCGUCGAUUAGCUGUUUUUCGUUUCGCGGAUUGCAUAGCAAUUCGAUUUUUUAAUUUUUUUUGUCAGCGUAUAUUUUCUUCAGUGCUUAUUUUGCGCGCAGCUCAAGUGUAACUGUGUACAGGGAUGUGUUUUGCUGGAUGCCGUGUUCGAUCCCUUCUCUAGACUGUCUCUGAAACUGAACAAAUGGUCAAACUAUUGCGACCCCAGCGCAAAUAAAGUGUGAUGCGAAGACAACAGUGGUGCUUCGAGAAUUAUUACAGGGCGAUCUUCAAGAUGCAGCGUAACACCUAGCGGGUGAAGGAACAUUGCUCAGUGUGUAAAUAGACUGACAUAUUCGUGUGUUCCUCAGAGCUACGAGCAUCAGCUGUGUGGUCAACAAUUCUCUGGACCUUUUUUUCCAUUAUAAUCUGUUGAGCGAAUCUUCCCGCGUAGUUCAGCAAAACGCAAGGACUUCAGCAUACUCUAGUGAAACGGAUCUUUCUGGGUUACGUGCGUGAUUUGCUUCCACGGAGGACAUCUGUGCCGAUUACUAGAGAAGGUGCUGUGUUUCUAGAAUGCUGUGACUUACCUAGAUACCUAUAUUUUGCUCUAAACUGUUGACACAAGUGCUACGCUACAGUAACAGAAUUUUUGUGAGGGGACAAUGAGGACCUGCCAACUAAUUGUUCGAAAAAAGUGUCUUUUUUAGAUUUCCAGUUUUGCGUAGGUUUUCGACGUUUUUUCUCUUCGCCAAGAAGACAGUCAAAGGAAAAAAUAAUUGUAGUGUAUUGUCACGCUAAAGUGUUAACCCUUGACAGUUACCACAAGUAAAAAGUUUGAAUAUUUAGUGGCCGAACAUUGACGCCGAUAGUUGAUGUUGGUCUGUGAAAAUCAACAACGAUCUACAUCCGUCGUCUACUGCUCGAACAGUAGCUGAUUUUGCUGUCUACCUCCUGUUAAGAGCAAGAUAUUUCAGCUCGGUCACGGAGGACAAUACUUUUGCAGUAAUACCAUUGUUGGAGGAAGGUGACGUGUUUUUAAGAUUCGAGAAGUCCCUUGGAAGCGGCUAAAAGACAAAGAACUCAGAUUUGGCAACUGCAGACAGAAGACAAUUUGAAGGUCGCCUCCACAGGCAAAGUACCGACGUUGUGUGCAAGCAGAGGUCAUCUGUGCCAUUUUCCAGGCUAGAGGACUAUUUGUGCGGACUGGAGUUUGUAGGAGGAACCGACUCGCACCAAUGCACCUGAAGGUGGAAGACGAUUCUGAAGACAACAAACCUGCCAUCCCAGCGCGGUUUGGCGCGAAACACGACUCCGAGGACUCGUUUCCGGUGGACCAGCAGCACCAUCUGGUGGCUGCAGGGUCGCCAGUCGGCGGCACCAUGCCGGCUCCUACUGAGGACACCGCCAGUGGUGGAGGGAUCACCACCAACCCCAACACCACUGCGGGUACGGUGUUGGCACCCCUGCCGGGUGUGCGCGGGUAUUCCCCGCACCACCGUCCCCACCACCACUACCCCCACCACCACCACCACCACGGCAGCUACUCCGGGCAGCCGGUGCCCCUGUUCGGCGAGCUCCCUCGGGACCCGUGUGGACCGGGAUCGUCCGCUCAGCGCGCGGUGGACGUCGGCGGUACGGACCUCCACACCGCCACGCUGAUGCCGCCUCCGCCUCCGCCACCACUGGGGCACCACUACGGCUUUGGUCCACACCAUCAGCAGCACCCUCACCUCCAACACCAGCACCACAGCCGACCCACUCUGCACCAGCACCACCUGCAGCUACACCACGGGCAGGUUGUGCACCAGCCGGGACCAGAUGGUGACGAUGCUCACUUCGGCUCAGCGCAUCACCAGCCCCAGGAGGUGCUCCAUCACCAGCAGCAGCCAGCAGCCGGAGUUCAGCAUUCCGAGGCCCAGCAGGCUCUUCGGUCGACGAGGAAACGGAAGCUCGGGCCUGACUCGCCACCAGCGGACCUCCACCACCCGCACCUCCACGAUCACGACCAUGAACACCACCUGCACGAUCAAGAUCGUGACCAGCGCCACCACGAUCAUGAGCACGACCACCACCACCACGAGCACGAGCACGACCAUGACCAUGACCAUCAAGCAGAGGGCAUGACGAGCCCCGGGUCCCCCUCUCAAGACCACGCAGUGGACUCCCCUGCUGGACUCCACGCGGCAGACCACGACAUCCACCUGCAGCAGCAGGGCGUGGUGGGACUGCAUCACCAGCACCACGACCACCACCACCAUCAUCAUCACCAGCACCACCACCACCACCAGCAAAAGUCCUCAUCGGGUAGCAGGAGGUCCAAGUCGGCCCAGUCUCUGCAGGAGCUGCAGCAGCAGCGAGUGAUGGCGAACGUGCGCGAGCGCCAGCGCACGCAGAGCCUGAACGAGGCGUUCGCGGCGCUGCGCAAGAUCAUCCCCACGCUGCCGUCGGACAAGCUGAGCAAGAUCCAGACGCUCAAGCUGGCCGCCAGGUACAUCGACUUCCUGUACCAGGUGCUGCAGCAGGCCGAGCACGACAGCGCCGGCGGGGGCGGGGGCGCUGGCGGCGGCAGCUCGGGCAGCAGCGGCGGCGGCGGCAGCGGGGCGUGUUCUCCCGGCGCGCGGCUGGCGCUCAUGUCGGCCGGCUCGCCCUGCUCCUACAUGGCGCACGAGCGGCUCAGCUACGCGUUCAGCGUGUGGCGGAUGGAGGGCGACUGGUCACAGCACGUGUAGCGCCGCCCCAGGCCAGCCAGAACGGUCCGGCGUGUUAGCAUCGCAGCUCGCUCCAUCUGGUUGCGGACAUCCAAAGCGCUUUCCAAUCGUACUUACGUGAUAUCACUUUUAUUAGAGGCUAUAUACAUAUACAUAAAUAUAUUUUUACACAACAUUUAUUUUUAUAAGGAAUAAUUUGAAAGAGUGUCGUCUGUAGGGACAUCUUGCCAUAGUAUUCAUGUGAGAACAGUACUUAUAAUCAAACGUUUCUGUACUUAAUUUCUUGUGUCGUAUACGGAGAUGAGCAACACUUACUUGUAACGCUCUUAGUGUUAUGUAGAGAGUAAUAUACGAGAGAAUUCCACGUAGCGAGUAAGAAACGACUUCUGAACUUGUGAUCUAUUAUUUCUUCUGUAAUUUUGUAGACCAUCAGCUGUGUCUGACAAUAAAAUGUGACGGAAUAGUGUA